GGAGCCCUGCUCUGGGUCCGCAGACGAUGGCCGCUCCGCCUGCAGGACGGCACGGUGCACCUGGUGUACGGGAUCCUGGAGCGGCCCUUCCCCUCGCUGGAGGCCAUCGACACCGCGGGCCUGCGCACCGGGCUGCAGCGGGUGCAGCUGCUCAAGCCCGACAUCUCCGUCCCGGCCCUGCCCGCCGACGUGCAAACCAUGGAGGUCCGCGCCCCGGACGUGCUCAUCCCCGGCCAGGAGACCACCUACUGGUGCUACAUGACCGAGCUGCCCGCCGGCUUCCCCCGACACCACAUCGUCAUGUACGAGCCCAUCGUCACCGAGGGCAACGAGGCGCUGGUGCACCACAUGGAGGUGUUCCAGUGCGCGGCCGGGUUCAAGAGCUUCCCGCACUUCAGCGGGCCCUGCGACUCCAAGAUGAAGCCGGAGCGCCUCAACUACUGCCGCCACGUGCUGGCCGCCUGGGCCCUGGGCGCCAAGGCCUUCUACUACCCGGAGAGAGCAGGCCUUGCUUUCGGGGGCGAGGAGUCCUCCAGGUUCCUCCGCCUGGAAGUUCACUACCACAACCCGCGGAAGAUAGAGGGCCGGCGGGACUCCUCGGGCAUCCGCCUGUACUACACGGCCUCGCUGCGGCCCUUCGACGCGGGCAUCAUGGAGCUAGGCCUGGUGUACACGCCCGUGAUGGCCAUCCCCCCGCGGGAGGCCGCCUUCGUGCUCACGGGCUACUGCACGGACAACUGCACGCAGCUGGCCCUGCCACCCUCGGGGAUCCACAUCUUUGCGUCCCAGCUGCACACGCACCUGACCGGGCGCAAGGUGGUCACCGUGCUGGCCCGGGACGGCCGGGAGAUGACCAUUGUCAACAGGGACGACCACUACAGCCCCCACUUCCAGGAGAUCCGCAUGCUGAAGAAGAUGGUGACCGUCCAUCCGGGGGACGUGCUGAUCACUUCCUGUACGUACAACACGGAGGACAGGACGCUGGCCACCGUGGGCGGCUUCGGCAUCCUGGAGGAGAUGUGCGUCAACUAUGUGCACUACUACCCGCGGACGGAGCUGGAGCUGUGCAAGAGCGCCGUGGACGCCGGCUUCCUGCAGAAGUACUUCCGCCUGGUCAACAGCUUCCACAGCGGGGAGGUGCCCACCUCCCAGCAGGCCUCGGUGCCCCAGCAGUUCGCCGAGGUGCCCUGGACCUCCUUCAGCCGCGACACGCUGCGGGCGCUGUACCGCUUCGCCCCGCUCGCCAUGCACUGCAACAAGUCCUCCGCCCUGCGCUUCCAGGGGGAAUGGGACCAGCAGCCGCUGCCCCGGAUCGUGUCCCAGCUGCCAGCGCCCGCCCCGCGGUGCCAGGCCGGCCCGUGUCUGAGCCCCGCCGGCCCCGCCGUGGUCCGCAUCGGCGGGGGCCGAGGCUGAGCGCAGCCACCUCCUCGCUCCCCUCCGCUCCCCGGGGCGCAUGCCCCCUGCGUACCCCGCUCCGUGAAGACCUCCCCGAAACAGCCCGUGUGCCCCGCCCGAGACCACUGCGCCCGCCCCUGCACGCCCAGAGGCUCCCGAGCACCCGGUGGGCCGCCAGGCCUGGGUGCCGGGACAAGGCCCUCCCGGCCCGGCCCGGAGCCCUGCCCGUGUCUCCGGGAGCCGCUGCCUCCAGGCAGGAGCCACGCCGGACUGCACUCACGCCCCCGGCCCACCGCGCCCGGAGGCUGCAAGAGCCGUUUCGCCACCGAGAGACUCGCCUGGGAACCGGCUCGGUCCGCCCCCUGAGGGAAGCCCUCCCCGCAGCGCCACCACGAGGGCCGGACGGCCAGCACCCCGGCGGGGGUCUGGGGCGGCCCCUGGGAAAUGGGACUGGCAGCCCCGUAAGAAUCAGACCUGCCCCAGAGCCCCCGGCCUCUUCGUGCGGGUGUGACGUGGGCGGACCAUCUCACCUCCCGGCCCUCAGUUUCCUCAUCUGUGAAAUGGGGCCAACACCGUGCCGAUCGAUGCGACAAUAAAGCUCACACAGGGCGGCUUGCUCCCACCGAGGCCUGGCUGCGCUCCUUCCCCUGUGCCCUGUGCCCUGUGCGCCAUGGGGAGCGGGGACAGGCCGCCUCCCCGCCGCCUCCACCG